AUGCGUCUAGCCAUCACUUCGAAUUCAGCAUCCGUCGGCAACGUCGACAUCCACGAAACUUUCCGCGUCAUCGAGCUUGACGCUGGGCAAUAUGUCGAAACCACCAAGUCAACCGGACUCGAUGGUCGCUCAGACUCGAUGUCUUUCUCCCGCGAAGCUCUCAGUGCGAUAGAGACUCAACUCGCCAUUGUCGUCCCUUGCAAAGACGAGGCAGUUUCGAUUCUUGAUGGUGUACUCCACGGUAUACCACACGACUGUUUGAUCAUUUUGGUAUCAAACAGCAAGAAGGACAACUUCACCGCAGAGUGCAAUCUCCUCUCAGACUUUUGUACAGAUACACGUCGAUCAGGAAUUGCUUGCCAUCAGCAUGAUCCCGGUUUCGCCGAAGCCUUCGUCGCCGGCGGGCUGCCUGCAAUCGUACGCGUAGUCAAUGGACGUCCUCAGAUCCGGAAUGGCAAAGGCGAGGCCAUGAUGAUGGGAGCGGCGCUUGCCAAGCUUGCUGGCAAGAAAUACAUUGGAUUCAUUGACGCCGACAAUCUGGUUUCUGGGGCCGUCCAUGAGUAUUGCAAGGUCUACGCUGCAGGCUUACACUACGCUCUCCACUGCACUGGCGAUGGCGGCCAACCCGAUACUGAUGCCAUGACACCGCAUUGUAUGGUCCGUAUCAAAUGGAACUCUAAGCCCAAGGUCAAGGAUGGGAUCAUCAUAUUCGAAAAGCUUGGUCGAAGCUCACGCGUGGUUAACCAAUGGAUGAAUCGUCUCCUGACUACGGUUCUCGGUGAUGAGCCCGAGGGGAACCUCCAGCUUAUUGAGACCGGAAAUGCCGGUGAACAUGCCAUGAGCAUAGACUUAGCCAUGGAUCUGAAGUUCGCGACUGGCUAUGCGGUAGAGCCCUUCCAAUACAUCGAUGCUUGGGAACGCUUUAGUGGGAGAAAGUUUGGCGAUCCUGAAUCGCGUCUGGCGCAACAAUCGUACGAUUACGAAUUCCUUGCGAAUGAUGCCGCAUACACCAGCUCAGACGAGUCUACUUUGUCUAGCUCGGCAUCUGUGUCGCCCAUAUCGACCCCAGCGACCUCUCGUCCUCCGAGUCUAAUGCCAGCAUUGCCUGCGCAUGAGGUCCGAAUUCUUCAAGUCCAGACUCGGAACCCACACUUCCAUGAUACCAGCAAAGGCGCUGACCACAUCUCGGCAAUGCAGGCCGGUGGCUUAAGCACAAUCUACCACUCUGCGCUGACGCCUCAAGAUCUGAAAGACGAUCUGCGACAAUACUUCAAGGACAACCUGUCUGACGUCAAAGGCGUAGCCGAGGAUGGGACACCGGAAGCGCCUCGUUGCUACCCAUCAAUGAGCGCGAUGGAUUUUGAGGUAUUCCAUGCGAAGGUCAAGGCUCGAAAUGAGACCAUGACGGUUAUUGGAGAGUGUGGAUACAACAUGCUGGGUUGUUAUCAAUGCGCUGUCCGGUGUAUGACUAGCAGUGAUUGA